AACUGCACUCUAACAAUCAUGUCCGCAAACACACCUCCUGCAUCCUCAAGUUCUCCCAGUGCACAUACCCCAGCUACACAAGAUGCACCACAAACGGCUUCGGAAACAGAACGCGCAGUCCUUGAAUAUCUUCAUGCCCGCGGUUACUCAUCUGCUGAAAAGGCACUUCUCCAAGCCAUUGAAGAUGGCUCCUCAGAAGACAAAGGAAAACAACCAGAGACAAUCAGCUCACAAGAACUCGUCGAAACCUUAGCAGUAUUUGCUCAAACUUCGUCUCGUCCAGGAGAAAAUGCGUUGAAGGAUUCUGGCACUGUGCUUCAAGAAUUAACAGCUAUGGGAAACCCUUCGAAUAUACAGAAUCUCAUAUCAAGUAUAGCAUCUGUUGGGUCUGAAGAUAUUCUCUCGAACGAUCAUACGGAUAAGCAAGAAGGUUAUCGGGAACUAGAGGCAUGGGUGGAAGGCUCGCUAGAUAUGUAUCGACCCGAAUUUCGACCCAUUUUGUUUCCUAUAUUUUGCCAUUUUUAUCUUGACUUGAUUCAGAAUGGACAUAAAGAUGCAGCCCUCAACUUCUUCUCCCUUUUCUCACCACCGCUCGCAGCUGCACAUUCGGCAACUUUGCAUCAUCUCUCUACUUUGCUCUUACCUUCACAUGUUCAAACCGAUGAAUUAGCUCAGCGGUUUCGCGACGAGAAAUAUGUUAUCCGAAUGAGCCGUUCUGGCUUCAGUUUACUCGUUGGCUGGCUCACGGAAGGUAUGGGAGGUGAAGGCCUAGGUGUUGGACUUGGCUUUUCCGGUGAGAAAGGGAAGAAGGGUCGAUUGGCGGUGAUGAGGGUGGUGAACAAUCGCCUCCGUUUCGACGUCACUGCCUCCAAUCCAUCAUCUGUUUUACCAACCGCUUGGGAAGAAUCCACUGGCCUUCUAUCAUCACUCAUCCCUCACACAAAUGGGACCGCCUCCAAAUUGAACAACCCACAAGCAUUCAAUCUAUCCAAAGGCGACUUAAAGCUCGGCCCCCCUCCCAUGAACGAGGAACUACGGACUGAGACUGAACGCAUACUGCGGGAGCAAGCCAUGGUCGAGCGAGAUCCCGCUCAGUACGACAUGGCAUUCACGAGACCUCAACCACUGCCCGGAAUGACCGCUCCCGCAGAGACCGAUCUUCUUCCCAAACCCCCGAAUUUCAAAACAAUCGACGUUGAAAGAGAGGUGAAUGCGGUGCGAGACGCUCGAAGAAGAAUAAAGCUCGAACCCUCCGCCCUUCAUUCCGUGGAUCUCAACUCACCCCAAGCGAACACUGCUCGAGCGCGUGCUUUGCCGAGUAUAUGCGCAUACACACUCCACGAUGUUGCGGAAGGAGCUCCCUGCUGCACCUUCUCCACUGAUACAUCACUUAUGGCAGCUGGCUUUUCUGAGAGUUAUGUGCGUGUAUGGAGUCUCAAGGGGGAAAAGCUUCGAGGUAUGAGGAGUGAUUUUUCGGCGAGUUCAAUCCGUGAUUCUGCAUCUCUUCGCAAGGUGAAAGAGAAAAAAGGGAGUUCAACUAGAAAACUUAUCGGUCACAGUGGUCCGGUCUAUUCUGUCGCUUUUGAUCCUGUUAGUGGCUCCGCUGCACCGCCAAAAUAUCUUCUCUCGGCGUCAGCCGAUGGUACAACGCGGUUGUGGUCAAUGGACACCAUGACGGAUCUCAUCGCCUUCCGUGGACACGAGAAUCCUGUGUGGGAUGUGAAAUGGAGUCCCAUGGGGAUCUAUUUUGCCACUGCAAGUCGAGAUCGCACGGCUAGACUUUGGUCGACAGAUCGAACAGCGUGUCUGAGGAUUUACGCAGGUCAUCUUGGUGAUGUCGACUGCGUGCAAUUUCAUCCAAACUCGCUGUAUCUGGCCACCGGCUCGAGCGAUUGGACUGCUCGUCUAUGGGAUGUGCAACGUGGAUCUUGUUUACGUGUUUUUAUCGGGCAUCAAGGGCCUAUCUCUUCAAUAGCAAUAAGCCCAGAUGGGAGGAUGUUAGCCAGUGCAGGUGAAGACCUUGCCAUCAAUUUGUGGGAUUUGGGAUCGGGAAAACGAAUCAAAAAGAUGACUGGGCAUACUGCCUCUAUUUACAGCCUCACAUUCAGCGCCGAAUCCUCACUGUUGGUAAGUGGAGGUGCCGACUGGACUGUGCGAUGCUGGGACGUCAAAGGGGUCGGGGGUAACAACAAACUUCGUGAGAACGGCACCAGUUAUUCCGAUUCUAUUAGCGACAACAUAUCUACUGGAAACUUGGACUCGACUGAUUUACUCGCCACGUUCCCCACCAAACGGACGCCCAUAAUUAAUGUUCAACUCACACCUCGAAAUCUCUGCCUCGUGGCCGGAGUAUAUCAACCACCUGAAUCACGGUAGUCUAAACAUUGAGUAGGACGAGAGUCCGGAGCUGAUACUGCUGUUGCUGAGGCGCGUCACAGGCAGAUAUGUAGUAGUUCUGGGAUACCACUUUGAUUUUAGAUAAUUGCUGUAGUUGUUAUCUUUCUCAUUACCGUUGACAGAACAUUUGUUUGAAACCCAC